AAACGAGACGACCCAGCGAAACAUCAGCCAGCGGCAGAAUUGGGCAUUAUUCGAAUCAAUUUUUGUCCGGUGCGUGCGUGUUGUUUAGUCGUCUACGUCAGAUCGUUCGAUCAUGGAAAUCACUCUGAAGGCGAAAAGCACAAACCAGUUCGAUUGAAAAGAGCAGACCCAGUCCUCGAAGUGCUGGCCGACACGUCGGAAAUUUGGAAAAUCGCGCCAAUAAGACGAACACUUGCGUCGUAAAUGGUGGCCGCUCGCUGAACGCGUACUGGAACGUUCACUCAUUAUUGUGAAACCGUUGGAUUGCCCGAGGACGUUACUUGUUUACGAAAUUCCGCGUGAGGUCGAGCGAGAGGCCGUUCGUCUUGCCCCACGCGCUGUUCCAUUGCAUCGUGUACAAAUCGAGACAAAAGCGAAAUCUUCAGCAACGUGCACGUAUGGUCACGUGGACACGUAACUGAAACAGAAGCGCUGCAACACAAGAAGACGAUGUUCGGCAGGUUGGGUGCGCAUCUACGUAACGCUGGAGAGAAGUUGCUGUUGAGCCGCGUCGUCACUCCCGCCAUCGAAUUCAAACAUGCCAGAGCAGCGCACUUUUCGUAUUACCCGAGCGAGAGGUCGAAUAACGCCGGUGAGACUCAGAAGCUGAAUAUGUUUCAAGCGAUAAAUCACGGUCUUGCUCUCGCAAUGGAAAAUGAUCCACGUACAGUAAUAUUUGGCGAGGACGUAGCAUUCGGUGGUGUUUUCCGCUGCACCAUGGACCUGAAGAAGCGCUUCGGCAAUAACCGUGUCUUCAACACGCCUCUCUGUGAACAAGGAAUCGUCGGUUUUGGAAUCGGUUUAGCCAACGUUGGCGUAUCGGCGAUCGCCGAAAUACAAUUUGCGGAUUAUAUAUUUCCGGCUUUCGAUCAGUUAGUAAACGAAGCGGCUAAAGUGCGAUAUCGAAGUGGCAACAUGUUUGACUGUGGCAAACUUACAGUUCGCGCACCUUGCGGAGCAGUUGGUCACGGCGGCCUUUAUCAUUCUCAAAGUCCAGAGGCUUAUUUUGCGCACACCCCCGGCCUAAAGAUAGUCGUACCUCGCGGAGCGAUGCACGCGAAAGGCCUACUGUUGAGCUGCAUAGACGAGCCGGAUCCAUGCAUUAUGUUUGAGCCCAAGAUUUUGUAUCGCAAGGCAGUCGACGAAGUGCCCGUGGAACAUUACAAGAUCGAAAUCGGCAAGGCUGAGGUCGUGAGAGAAGGUGACGCCGUGACACUCGUAGGCUGGGGCACUCAGGUGCACGUACUGCUGGAGGUGGCCGACCUGGUCCGGGAGAAGCUCAACGUGUCCUGCGAGGUGAUAGACCUCGUCUCCAUCCUACCUUGGGACGCGGAACUCAUCUGCAAGUCGGCGAAGAAAACUGGACGCGUCGUCAUCGCCCACGAAGCGCCGAUGACGAACGGAUUCGGGGCAGAGAUAGCCGCGACCGUACAGGCGGAGUGCUUCUUAUACUUGGAGGCGCCGGUUCAGAGGGUAACCGGAUGGGACUGUCCUUUCCCGCACAUCUUCGAACCGUUUUACCUACCGGACAAGUGGCGUUGCUUCGCCGCCGUGCGGGAUAUCCUUAAGUACUGAAGUUACGGCGAAAGGAUUACGGAUUAACAGCAGCCGCCGUCGUCACAGUGGAAGAAGGAGGAAACCUGUUGCCCGCGCGUGAAUCUACCCGCGGGAAAGCACGGCUCUUUCCGCGUUAUUAAAUCUUUUUUUAUA